AUGUUCACUCAAAUAUAUGAAAUUGGUGGUGGAUUAUGAACUUGUGCAAAUGGAAUCAUGGAUUACAUAUUGUUGAAUGCUCCUACAAGAGUUUACAACAAUAUGACUUACAGCUCAGUUGAAAUCAGUCCCUCACCGGCUGAGCUACAAAGAGAAACUGUUAGAGAAGUUCAUAGUCACUUAUCAAAGUUCCGAGUCGAGUGUCGUGAUGCUACUGAAACGGGAUGGGGGGAUGUGCAGCAAGAGCCAUGCUGGGUAAUAAUGCUCGAUGUACUUGAUAAUCUUCCACAUGAUCUCAUAUAUUCUGAAAAUCAAGUUUCACCAUGGAAGGAAGUUUGGGUGGAGAACCAAGAUGGGGAAACACUAUCUGAAGUGUACAAGCCAUUGCAAGACUCAAUCAUUAGGAAAUGCAUCAAGAUCAUUGACUUCGAUAAAGAACGAGAUUCUCAAAGCAGUGCAUUAUUUAAAGCAAAUAGUGUCUGGUCAAACGUUUUCCCAAAACCUCGAAGAAGUUGGCUACCAAGUGGUUGCUCGAAACUACUUGAAGUGUUACAUGGAGCCCUACCAAAGAUGUCUUUGAUUGCUUCAGACUUUAGUUACCUACCUGACGUGAAAAUACUUGGUGAAAGAGCUCCAUUGGUUUCAACGAAGGGGGAGGCUGAUAUUGAUGAUUACUGUUCUGGAUGGAAGAAGCUGCAAAAAGAUGAUUCAUCGAAAGAAGGAAAGAAGAGGCGGACAAUUAUACUUGAUACAUCUUCAUUCAUGGAAGAAUUUGGGUUGUCCUCAAGGACAAGAACUAAAGGCGGAUACAAUCCACUUUUGGAUGACUUCAAAAAUACGAAAUUCUAUUUGAGUGUGCCAACACAUAAUACUUCAUAGAAGG